AUGCAUACAGCACCAUCAAGCGUGCCGACUCAAGACAGACAAGAGGAGCCGCAGGGACUGAGUGGAGUGCGACAAAGCAUGUCACGGGACCAUUUGAGACGACGGCGAAGGUGUAAGGUUCAGAUACGCGGGCUUACUUCACACCGCACGACCGAGAGGGGACAAGAACCUAUGGAGCGGAACUUACCAAACACGGAAACCCAGGAUCAGGAUAUGUUAGAUCAAAGCAGUCCUCGCGAUGAAAAUAUUUCUCUUCCGGAAUCAAAUAUCGAGACAGCUCCGAUCGAUUCAGCGAUGGCUUCUCCAUAUGGUUCUCAUUACAGUACUGGCCCUAGAGAUGCAGAUACCACCAGUAAUUGUACGAGAAUCUCCUUUGAAGCAAAUACACCUGAGCAAGACCCGGGCGGAGGAUCCUUGACCGUGGCGCCAGAUCCACAAGAUGCUCACGAUGAUCAGGUCAGGGUUAAUAAUGCACUCCCGCCGGCGUCCCCAGAGUCUGAGGCAGACCAUUCGUCAAAUAUCAGUGGCCAUCCUGGGCAGCCAGGGUUGGAUGCAUACCUUGCCCAUUUACGGAGAGCUCAGGAAGAGCAGGAACGAUUGGAACAGGAACUGGAGCGUGAGCGGCUUAAUGAAGAGCUCGGUCUGUCCAACCAAGGGCAACUGCCUCCAGGGGAUUCGCCUCAAUUUGAGGAUAGACAAAAUUCACUAGCACCGGCCUCUGAUAACGAGCCAGCGGCACCAGUGCACGCGGACAUCGAGCACCCAAGUUCUGCUCCAAACGUCACCAGUCACGAUCUAUCGCCAGUUUCCCGCCGUGAAGGACAGCCAGAACUCACAGUGAAGAACCCGGAUCAGAUAAGACCGAUUUCCCGGGACGUUGUCAGAACGCUCUCUACUCACGCCUCUUCCACCGAUGAAUCCAGGGCUGGAGAAGCGGACUCGUCUCAACCACAGCAAGGGCCUGUCGAGAUUCAGUUCUUGGCUCUUGAACGAGAACAAUGGAGGCAGUCCGAUCGUCUCCUCGUAGACCCGUCAGACCCGUCGCCGCUAGAGCGACUUGCGCGAAAGUAUUUACGGAAAGGUUAUUCACUGUACGAUGCAUAUCUUCAACAUCUCAGGCCAGCGCAAUGUUUCCGGGCGGCCACCGUCGAUGGCGAAAAUUCCAUAUUCAUGAUUUCCGAGCAUGAAGAGCGGGAACUUGUCGCUGCAGGCCGGCUCACCCAGGAGAGGCUACUUCUAACAAUGGCCUCUCAAGCUCUGGAUAGGAUAGAAGAGGAAACGCCUGGUCGUUCUGUGACGCAGAGAAUAUCAUGA